AUGUCUCAGAGUGGCGAGGCCUUUGAAAGAGGAGGAAGGAUAACGAGCGGGUAUUCGGCACCUAGAUCGACGCACGAGACUUAUCAUCCGGGAGGCUACGGUGUUUCGGAGGGACUAAGGAGGGCUAGAAGACCUUACGCUGUCAAAAAUGCGAUCACGGGAUCUGCUAUCAUGGCUUUUGCUGUCGGAGCUUAUUACUACUCCAUCAGGCAGGUGAAGCCCGACGACACUUCAUCCGCCUCAUCUUCUUCCCUAGCAUCGAAUACAACCGGCUCCUCCGGCAGCACGAGUCUGUUCGGAGGCGGAGACAACAAUACGCCUUCUCCUGCGGCGAUGCCUAUCGGUCCUUUGGGCUCUUUGAAAGCUUUGCAAGUGUCUAAUCAGAAGGGGCUUGAGGAUUUGCGAGCUGGACCACCUAUCACGGAUGCGCAAAGGGAUGAGCUUCGAGCUCAGAUACUGAUUGCGCAGGGAAGACUGAACAGCUCAAAUUUGAGGUAGACGAAGGACCAGGGGUUCAUGCGGCGAAGUUCACCACUCAUUCUUUCGAUGAUCAGCGCGACACCAGUGCAUCUGGGGAAAGGCAGCUCCAGAGCUCGACAUGCAUGGGCAUCUUGCCCCUCCUGCUUCAUGCUGGACGGGGAGGUGCUACUUAAGAUCCCUUGUUGCCCUGCAAUUUGAAUACACCUGAUGACCCAAAAUUGACAACCACUCGAGGGCGACUGGAUGAGUG